AUGAAUCUCCAAACUUUUAAUCUUUUUCUAAUUGUUUCAAUUUUGCUUGCAUUAACUAUUAUUGUUGAUGCUCGCUUCAACAAACACAUUAACAAACAUAAAAAUAUUAACAAACCUAUUAAUAAUCAUGAUGCUAUUACGCCUACAAAAACUAAAUGCUCAACUCCAACUCCAACUCCAACGUGUUGUCAAUCACGUUACAGUCCAGGGUGGAGUGAUGAGAUUAUUCAGCUUGUCGUCUAUAAUAAUAAUAAUAUUCCUGGAACGGCUCAGGACUGUUGUAACUUUUGCACUACAAAUUCGAAUUGCCUUGCAUGGUGGUACAUUUCUAAUUCAUGUUUUACAGCCAGCACUGACCAGAAUAAUUCUUGUUCAAAUUCCCGCGUUAAUGCAAGCGCUUCAAACUUUGAAGGUGGUAUUGAUCGUUGUAGUGAUAGCAUUCAAUGCUAA